GCUAGUGAAGUAGUUUGAGCAUCGGGAUAAAACUCCCCGUCCACCUAAAAUAAAUAUCGGCACACAAGUCAAGAAAAAAUCCUUAAUGGGCGGGUCGAAUACCACAAUCGGGUCUAAGCAAACACCAUUAGGAUAACCCCAUAAGAACACAACUCAAUUUGCUUGAAUCUGCGGUCUGAAACGAAGAAAGAUGAAACCUUUACUGGGUUUUGUUGGGUUUUUGCUGAUGAUCAAUAUCUGCAAUGGGUUACUAACUUCUCGAAUCACUCUUAUGAGUAGCAGCAAUUACAUAACCAAAGACGCGUUUUGGUUCAAUCAAACACUUGAUCACUUUUCCCCUUAUGAUCAUAGAACGUUUCAGCAGAGAUACUAUGAAUAUUUGGAUGAUUUUAGGAUCCCUGAUGGGCCGGUUUUUUUAGUGAUAUGUGGUGAAUCUGCGUGUGGUGGGAUAUCGAAUGAUUAUAUAACUGUUUUGGCCAAGAAGUUUGGAGCUGCUGUGGUGACUUUAGAGCACAGAUAUUAUGGGAAGAGCUCCCCGUUUGAAUCGUUUACGACGGAGAAUCUUAGGUUUCUUUCGUCGAAACAGGCGUUGUAUGACUUGGCUGCUUUUCGUCGAUUUUAUCAGGAAUCUUUAAACAUGAAGCUUAAUAGAACAGAUGUUGAGAACCCAUGGUUCGUUUUUGGUAUAUCAUAUGCUGGAGCUCUUAGUGCGUGGUUCCGUCUUAAAUUCCCUCAUUUAACAUGUGGAAGUCUUGCAAGUUCUGGUGUAGUUAACGCGAUUCUCGACUUCUAUCAAUAUGAUCAACAGAUUGGUGAGUCUACAGGGCCUGAAUGUAAAGCUAUAUUACAAGAAGUUACUCAACUUGCCGAAAAUCGACUUACGUCAAAUGGUGAAGCUUUGAGAAACGAAUUUGGUGCUAAUGUGCUAAACGUUGAUGGUGAUUUCAUGUAUUUUUUGGCUGAUGCUGCAGCUGUAGCUAUUCAAUACGGAAAUCCAGAUAAACUUUGCAAACCGAUGAUCGAGGCUAAGAAGUCUGGAAAAGAUCUUGUGGACGCGUAUGCAAAAUACGUAAAAGAAUAUUACGUUGGUAGUUUUAAAGUUGACGUUGAAUCAUAUACUCAAGAACAUCUAAAGAACACGGAAUCUGCAGACCGAUUAUGGUGGUUCCAAGUUUGCACCGAAGUCGCCUUUUUCCAGGUGGCACCUGCGAAUAGUAUCCGUUCUUCAAAGAUCGACAUACGUUACCACAUGGAUUUAUGCAAAAAUGUUUUCGGAGAAGGCGUCUAUCCGGUUGUUGAUUCUACAAAUCUGUACUAUGGGGGCACUGACAUUGCUGGUUCGAAAAUAGUUUUUACUAACGGGUCACAAGAUCCAUGGCGGCACGCAUCAAAACAGGUCUCGUCUCCAGAUAUGCCGGCGUACAUAGUGACUUGUAACAAUUGUGGGCAUGGAAGUGACCUAAGAGGGUGCCCUCAAUCGCCGUUAGUUCCCGAAGGAAGUUCUAAGAAUUGUAGCGCACCUGAAGCUGUUAACAAAGUGCGCCAACAGGUGAUAGAACAUAUAGACUUGUGGUUGUCUCAGUGCCACACUGCAGCUAGGAGUUCAAUAUAAGUUGGGCUAUAUGAAUGCAAUUACGAUUGCUAUUACUCACACUAUGUAGUAUGUACCAUAAUAGUCAGGGGCGGACCUAUGGUGUUACAAGGGGUAACCCACGUUGCCCCUUGAAGCUCUGGUGAUGCUCCGACAGUAGUGUAUAUUUUGGAAAAUUUUGACGUUUUUUCGAUUUCGUUAUCUUUUUUUUGAAACGUUACCCCUAUGCGGAUUUUCUAGAUCCGCCACUGAUAGUAGUAAUUAUGUUGAACUAGAUGUUGUUAAAGUUUUUGUUGGAAAUCAUCUUAUCAAUA